GGUUGAGAUAAAGAUGGCAACAAAUGUUCCCAAUCCUCAAAUCCCCAAAUUGGGAGCACUUUUGUAAGAAACAGAGAAAUUCAGAGACUGAGGAGGAGCUGAACCAAAAAAGAAACACAAGCACAGCUUCAUCAAUGGCUAAGAACAAGGACGACCACUCUGCCAGACCUCCACCCCGCCCGACUAUCACUCUGCCACCACGUCCUUCCAUGGAGGCCUUUUUUGCUGGUGGACCCACUGGGCUUAGCCCUGGCCCUAUGACUCUCGUCUCUAGUUUCUUCGCCGACGCUGCCGUUGACUCGCCGUCUUUCUCCCAGCUUCUCGCCGGAGCCAUGGCCUCUCCGAUAGCUAUGGGGUUUUUGGGAACUGGGUCUACGCCCAAUUCGGAAUCGGAAUUUGGGUUGAAGCAAUCGAAGCCGAUGAAUUUAGUCGUGGCUCGGUCUCCUUUGUUCUCGGUCCCGCCGGGGCUUAGCCCUUCUGGGUUGCUUAAUUCGCCGGGGUUUUAUCCUCCCCAGAGUCCGUUCGGGAUGUCACACCAGCAGGCAUUGGCUCAGGUGACUGCUCAAGCGGCAUUGGCGCACUCUCAUAUGCAUAUGCAGCAAGCUGAAUAUCAACAUUCCUCAAUACCAGUUUCUACCGAACCGUUGAUACGCGAUCCAUCGUUUACUCUUGAUGAAGCAUCUCUGCAGUUAAUAUUACCCUCCACGUCCGAUACGAAAAGUCUCGUUCCAGAAUCGACAGAAGUCUCUCAUCCUGAUAGAAAGUAUCAACCUCCUCCUCCACAUGCUGCCUCUGAUAAACCUGCAGAUGAUGGCUAUAACUGGCGUAAAUAUGGACAGAAGUUGGUUAAGGGCAGUGAAUAUCCACGAAGCUAUUACAAAUGCACUCAUUUGAAUUGCCCCGUAAAGAAGAAGAUCGAACGCUCACCUGAUGGACAAAUUACUGAAAUUAUUUACAAAGGCCAGCACAACCAUGAACGUCCUCCAGCCAACAAACGCGCUCGAGAUAAUAGCGAACCGACUGGAUGUACAAAUUCUUCGACGAAGCUUGAAUGUGGUUUGCAAAAUCAAGCGGGAAUUUUGAACAAGUCGAGUGAAAAUGUGCAAGUAGGAUCUAGUGACAGUGAAGAACAAGGUGAUACAGAGAUAACGGAUGACAGAGAUGAAGAUGAGCCAAAUCCAAAGAGGCAGAACAUUGAAGCAGGGACAUCUGGGGUUGCCUUGUCUCACAAGACACUCACAGAACCAAAAAUCAUUGUUCAAACAAGAAGUGAGGUUGACCUGUUAGAUGAUGGUUAUAGGUGGCGCAAGUAUGGGCAGAAAGUGGUUAAAGGAAAUCCUAAUCCGAGGAGCUACUACAAAUGCACUAGUGCUGGGUGCAACGUCCGAAAGCAUGUCGAGAGGUCUUCAACGGACUCGAAAGCUGUCGUAACUACGUACGAAGGGAAACAUAACCAUGAUGUUCCAGCAGCUAGAAACAGCAGCCACCACACAGUCAACAAUACCGUGCACCAGAUCAAACCACAUAAAGUUGUAGCUCAGAAACAUCCAUUACUCAAAGAGUUGGAAUUUGGAAGUAAUGAGCAGAGACGUGCCGUUUUGCGGCUGAAAGAAGAGAAAAUCACCGUGUAAAGUGCUACAACAAUACCUUCCAUGGGAACAGGAGGUCAGUAGUUGAUUUCAAGUGUAUGCGUAUGAGGCAAAAGAGCUCCAUUUGCCUAAUGUUCCUCUAAUCCUGAUGCCAAAGGAGAUGCAGGGAGGUCAGUCAUGUUGAUAUUAUGAUCGCAAAUAAUGUUAUUACUUGUGUCUCUCUGCUUCCUGAGGCCAUUUCACCGCUGCAGUUGAGUUGAAGGGUCUAAACAGCAUCCGACAAGGUACAGGAAGUGGGGUAACCUUCUCUGUCAUUUUAGAAGCCUGCUGUGUAGUGUGACUUGCAAAAUUCAAACUAGACAUUGUUAUGUACUGUAAAAUUUCAUUGUUUUGUUAUGUAGUUCAUCAGUUUAUACCAAAAUAUGAACUGUACAAAUUGUAGUUGUGUGUAUAAAGUUGAUAAUCUUUAUAUUGUUUGGUUGAAGAUGGGCUGUGGAUACAGUUUCAUUGGGAAGUUGCUAUGUACUUCUCUGCAUUUGGUUGUGAAAAACAAUGAAAAGGUUGGAUUUGAAGUGGACCCUUUU